GUUACUCGAGGCACCAAAGGCACCAGUGCAUUUUAUCCUUAAAGGCCCACGUGGUCUGAAGGGUGUGGCCGAGCCUCACGCUUGUCACUUCAGAAGGGUGGGAACCUGACAUGUCAGAGCGAAUCCUUCUCAUAUUUUUAGAUCCUGAUUUCUUUUUUAGAAUGGAAGAAAGUGUUUUUACUUAAAAAAAUGAAUAUGCUUCAUGUUUUAGAGCAAUUUUAGGUUUACAGAAAAUGGAACAUAGUGUAGAGCAUUCCGGGAUCAUGAUACAUGAUUAUUUGUUUUGUUUUGUUUGAGACAGUCUGCUCUAUUACUCAGGCUGGAGUGUGGUGGUACAGUCUCGAUCUUGGCUCACGGCAAUCUUCGCCUCCUGCGCUCAAGUGUUCUUCUUUCUCAGCCUUUCCAGUGGCUGGGACCACACUCAGUAACCACCACGCCCAGCUAAUUUUUUGUAUUUUUUUUGUAGAGAUGGGGUUUCACCGUGUUGCCUAGGCUGCUCUCAAACUCUUGAGUUCAAGCGAUCCACCCGCCUUGGCCUCCUAAAGUGCUGGUAUUACAGGCGUGAGCCACCGCACCUGGCCUGAUAUGUUAGUAUUAGCCAAAGUCCGUAGUUGAGGGUUCACUCUUGGUGGUGUGUAUUCCGUGUUUUGACAGGUCCACGAUUAUAGUGUCACAGAGUCGAUUCAGUGCCAGCUCAUCCCUCACACCAGUCCCCACAACCACCGAUCCUCCGUGUCUCCACAGCUCUGCCUUUUCCAGAAUGCCACGGAGCUAGAACCAUCUGACAUGCAGCCUUUUCAGAUGCGCCUCUUUCCCUUAGUGAAUACGCAGUUACCUUUCCUCCAUGUCUUGCUUUGCUUUUUAAGGGUGGGAUGUAAUUUUCCACAAAGUGGAGUUUGAUACUGUGAAACUUAUGGAAAGAUUGCUCUUUUAAAAAACAGCUUGCACAUCAUGUCAUCUUAAAAAAAAAAAGUCUAAUAAAGAUAUCAGUAGGGAGUAUGUGUUCCAUCCAGAUACCCUAUUCGGGGACCCUCCACUGGUAGUCUUCAGGUAAAUAAACCUUUGAUUGAUUGGUUGAUUGGUUGAUUGAUUGAUAUUCUGAAUGGUUCCAGUCAGACCCAUUUCUCUUUACUGGGAGCAUCACAGUGCUCACACCGGGGUGGUCGGGUAAAAUGUGCAGUUAGUCAUGGCCGAGCUAGUGGGUCUGCUGGCUCGCCCUGUUUUCCCAAGGAUCCUUUCGGCAGGCAGCUUAUAACGGGAAAGUUGCUGCUGUGGUGUCUGAGUAAGUGGGGAGAGUGGAAGGGGAUGGACUGUGGCGCCGCUGAGUUCCUGGGCAUGGUGAUGUCUGAGGAUCUGAGCAGGUGGAGCCCAGGGGGUGGUGGGGCUGUUUGUCGGGUUUCUGGAAGAGCGAAGGGAAAGUCAGGGAGUGUAAGGCGCAUCUCAUAGAAUCGUCGGGCUGCGCUCUCUCCCGUCCUCCCUCCUUCUCCCACUACUGGCAAUGUCUGGAGCAAAGAGCUGCCUUAGUGAAAUGAUAGGGAAAUGUGUCUUUUGUGCAAACCAUUAUCAGCUUAGGACGCCAAAAACAAAAGCCACUCUGUUUUCAGCCCUGACUGACUAACCGUUUUUUAAACCAGCAAGGACACUUCCUGAACUUUGCCUUCCCCUCCCUGGGCAACACCAGCAGGAGGUUUAUUAGAGCGUGUCUGGGAGCAGGUUAAACUUUCUCCUAGCUGGUGUUGUGCCUCCAGGUGAGCGCACAGGCUUUGCAGAAACCCCAGCAUGACAAGCAAGUAGGAAGGUGACAUUGUCGUUUGAGAAAAGCCAGUGACCCGGUUGGGACGGAGACACGAUGGGGAGCCGGUCUCCAACAGCAUGCCCUUCCUGAAGGCCAACGAGGUGACGGACAGCGCGUACAUGGGCUCCGAGAGCACCUACAGUGAGUGUGAGACCUUCACGGACGAGGACACCAGCACCCUGGUGCACCCUGAGCUGCAACCUGAAGGGGACGCAGAUAGUGCCGGCGGCUCGGCCGUGCCCUCUGAGUGCCUGGACGCCAUGGAGGAGCCCGACCAUGGUGCCCUGCUGCUGCUCCCAGGCAGGCCUCACCCCCAUGGCCAGUCUGUCAUCACGGUGAUCGGGGGUGAGGAGCACUUUGAGGACUAUGGUGAAGGCAGUGAGGCGGAGCUGUCCCCAGAGACCCUAUGCAACGGGCAGGUGGGCUGCAGUGACCCCGCUUUCCUCACGCCCAGUCCGACAAAGCGGCUCUCCAGCAAGAAGGUGGCAAGGUACCUGCACCAGUCAGGGGCCCUGACCAUGGAGGCCCUGGAGGACCCUUCCCCCGAGCUCGUGGAGGGCCCAGAGGAGGACAUUGCUGACAAGGUUGUCUUCCUGGAAAGGCGUGUGCUGGAGCUGGAAAAGGACACGGCAGCCACCGGUGAGCAACACAGCCGCCUGAGGCAGGAGAACCUGCAGCUGGUGCACAGAGCAAACGCCCUGGAGGAGCAGCUGAAGGAGCAGGAGCUGAGAGCCUGCGAGAUGGUCCUGGAAGAGACCCGGCAUCAGAAGGAACUCCUGUGCAAGAUGGAGAGGGAGAAGAGCAUUGAGAUCGAGAACCUGCAGACCAGGCUACAGCAACUGGACGAGGAGAACAGUGAACUCCGGUCCUGCACACCCUGUCUGAAGGCCAACAUUGAGCGUCUGGAGGAGGAGAAGCAGAAGCUCUUGGAUGAGAUAGAGUCGCUGACGCUGCGGCUCAGUGAAGAGCAGGAGAACAAGAGGAGAAUGGGGGACAGGCUGAGUCACGAGAGGCACCAGUUCCAGAGGGACAAGGAGGCCACCCAGGAGCUGAUCGAGGACCUCCGAAAGCAGCUGGAGCACCUGCAGCUCCUCAAGCUAGAGGCCGAGCAGCGGCGGGGCCGCAGCAGCAGCAUGGGCCUGCAGGAGUACCACAGCCGCGCCCGGGAGAGCGAGCUGGAGCAGGAGGUCCGCAGGCUGAAGCAGGACAACCGCAACCUGAAGGAGCAGAACGAGGAGCUGAACGGGCAGAUCAUUACCCUCAGCAUCCAGGGCGCCAAGAGCCUCUUCUCCACAGCCUUCUCCGAGUCCCUGGCUGCAGAGAUCAGCUCCGUCUCCCGAGAUGAGCUCAUGGAGGCAAUUCAGAAGCAGGAGGAGAUCAACUUCCGCCUGCAGGACUACAUCGACAGGAUCAUCGUGGCCAUCAUGGAGACCAACCCGUCCAUCCUGGAGGUCAAGUAGAGGCAGGAAGAUUCAGCCUGAGCUGGAUUCGGGACUCCAACACCCUGGAGUGGUCCCGUCAGACCAUGAGGAGCCAAGACCAGCAGGUCCCACAGCCGACAGUGCCCAGAGCAUGCAGGGAACCCUCGUGCAGCUGAGCUGGGGCCGCCAAAGACCGGAGCUGCCAAAGGGGCAGAGGGUGGUGGAGAGGAGGGAGAAAGGGAAGUCCCAGGGCCUGGGGUCCACAGAGGGUGAGGGUUGUGGCAGGGCCGUCCAUCAGCACUGACCUUCCGGGGGCCCAGAGCUUCCCAGCCCUGAGUCAAGCUGGCCGUGAACGUGUACACUUCAGUUCAGCAGGAUGGGCUGGAGAGCCUCUCUGUGCAGCAGUGUGGGGUGAGCCCUGCUGUGGCCUCCUUGUGGUGGUCUCUCUUCCCACGUGCAGCCCUGUUGGGAAGAAAGGAAGAAAACAGGUCCCUCCAGGGGUGCUGCUGCCUAAGCCACCCACAUAAGUAUGCUGGUGCCGUGUCACCCAUGUUGAUCCACUCCUGAUGGCUGACGGGCUCCCAGACCCUCACCUCGGACAUGGUGGUGGGGGAAGGACGGGUGGGCAAGGCUGGUGCGUUCCCCAGCUCUCCCUACGCUGCUCGGGCCAUUGCCCAGCCAGAUGUGGUCACCUCAGUCCAGCUCUGGGGCCUCCAGGCCAUGUGGCUGUUCCCACGGCCCAGUCCUCGCUGCAGUAACCCUUGGGGGCUCUGACCACCUAUGGGGGCCGGGCAGGAGCCUCUGGGGCCUCCACUCCGACAUCAGGACCUGAGAUGACCGCUGUGUGGCGCUCUCUCCCUGGGCAGGGUGGAUGCCGCAGGCCCCUCCGGCUCCCAGGUGCUGCUUCUCCACAGGUGCGGCCUGACCAGGCCUCCUAAAGGCCACACCCUCCCCACGCACUCCCAGGCCAGAAUCCAAACAUCAGGAACCCUGUUUUCUUCUGGGUGUGUCUCACUUAGAAAUCGUGGUUCUUCCCCGAGGGUGCAUGUUGCAGGAGGGAGAGGGCAGGGAAGACUCAACAGCAGAGCAGGAGGGGGCCUGCACUUCUCGGGGUCUACACCCCAGGCGCAGCAGUGUCACCCCGCAGGACCGCGGGCCUGCCCCAACCCCCAGCAUUCCCGGGUGGGCCCAGACCCCAUCACCAAGACUGGCCACCCGCUGCGUGUGUGUGCGCGCAUGUGUGCAUGUGUGCACGUGUGGCCCCACAUCCGCCGCCUUCCACGCUAGGAUGUAAGAGGUCGCCUCCUAUUGUACAUUUGGGGAAAGCCUUGGGUGUAAAUCAGUGUAAACUUGGAGGAGAGAUUUUUCUAUCAUGUAGAGUAGGUAUUUUUUAUAGAUUGAAGGUUGAUCAAUUUUUUAAUACUUUCAAGAGAGAAAACUGUGUAUACACAUGAAAUAUAUAUAUAUAUAUAUGUAUAAUAUAUAAAGACUGGCACCCUGCCUCUCUGUGCCCAGGCCCAGCCCUGGUGACAUGGCACCACUCAGCAGUGCUGUCACUGUAAGCAUGGACUCCCAGGAGACAGUGUGGGAAACGCUCCUGCUUUAAUUCCCCGAGAAGCGGCUCUUCCUGCCUGGAUGCAGGAGGGCAGGGGCCACCACAGAUUAAAGCUGUUACUGCACACACAGAGGCCGGCUUCUUCCUCCAGGGGGGCCACAGGGUGGGGUGGGAGUCUUCUGGGCCUGGCCCAGCUUCCCUCAAGGCGUCCGAGGCCAUCAGUUGUCUGAGCUCAGAACCCAGCAGACCUGCCUGGCUCUGCAGCUUGGUCAGACUAAGACCCUUCCAAAGCUGUAGGAUUGCACCUCCAGGCCCAGUGGAGCCUGGCAGCUUUCCGGCCAGGUUCUGGAUCCUGACGAGCUGCUGAGACAGCAUCCAGGUGGGGCAGGUGGGGCGGGGCAAAGUGGGCAGCACAGGGCUGUGUGGGCCUCAGGAGGAGGGCAGGGGGGCGGGGCAAAGUGGGCAGCACAGGGCUGUGUGGGCAUCACGGCUCUGGGUCACACGCCUCUGGGGAUGUACGUCCCAUGUCGGGAGAGCCGUCAGCACGUCCCCAGGAUUAAGAGAAGAGUAGGGGGCAGGGCGCAGAGGCUCACGCCAUAAUCUCAGCACUUUGGGAGGCCAAGGCAGGAGGAUCGCUUGAACCCGGGAGUUCAAGACCAGCCUGGGCAACACAGCAAGGCCCCAUCUCUAAAAAAUAAAAAAUUAACCAGGCA